AGGUAUCCCAGUCUCCUGGAUCGCAUUGCCUUCCUGCCUACUCUGUUUGAGCAUAGCCAUUAUACUCAGAGACAGAAGAGCAAGCUUCGUGCUGGUGAAUAGUGCCAUCAGGCCAAGGUUCCAGCAAGGCCUGCUCUCCAGCUGACAGUCCUACCUGCUGUCCCUGAACUCAGUCGUCAUGCCCCGGGGACAUAAGAGUAAGCUGCGUGCUCAAGAGAAACGUCGCCAAACCCGAAAUGAGAUCCAGCAUCUCCAGGAAGCUCAGGCUCCUGGGGCACAGGAGGGAGAGCGCCCCCCCUGCGCUCAUGGCUCUGGGGAUGAUGCUGCAGGCUCCUUUCUGGCAAGCAUUCCCCUGAUGUUGCAGGGAGUGUCCCCCACUGCCCCUGUUGCAGGUGCAUCUUCACACAAAAGGUCUGGUAAAGGAGCUAAGGGCAGGAGGCCUGAAAGGGCAGCCUCUGCUAAGGCCACACCCUCUCCCGAGACCUUAGUAAAAGAGCUCCACAUGAGGAAGGCAGGGUUGCUAAUGCACUACCUGCUGUACAGGUAUAAAAUAAAAGAGCCCAUGGUGAAAGGUGAAAUGCUGAAGAUCAUCCACAAAAGGUUCCGGGAGAAAUUCCCCGAGAUCCUCAAAAUGGCCGCUGAUCGGGUCGAACUACUGUUCGGCCUGGAGCUUAGGGAACUCAAGCCUGGUGGUGGCUUCUACACCCUUGUCACCAAGACAGAUGGCCCUAACCACGCCAGAGCCUUCAGUGGCGUGGCUUUCCCCGUGAAUGGGAUCCUUAUGCUUCUCCUUGGGGUGAUCUUCUUAAAUGGCAACUGUGCCACUGAAGAAGAAAUCUGGGAUUUCCUAACUGUGUUGGAGAUUUAUGAUGGGAAGGAACACUUAAUCUUUGGUGAGCCACGACAGCUCAUCACCAAAGAUCUGGUACAGUUAGAGUAUCUGAUAUACACUCAAAUGCCUAACAGUGAUCCUCAAUACCAUGUAUUCCUGUGGGGCCCACGGGCAUAUGUGGAGACUAGCAAGAUGAAAGUCCUCGAGUUUUUGGCCAAGAUUAAUGAAACCGUCCCUAGUGCCUUCCCAUCUCAUUAUAAGGAGGCUUUGAGAGAGGACGAAGAGAUGGCCCAACUCAAAGCUGCAGCCAGCUGUGACCCUGCUUCCCAACUUACAUGAAGUUGCAGGGUAACUUCCAACCACUGUACCCCUCAGUGAGAGGAACAGUAAUACAUUUUUGAGGGGGCUUCCUAUCUUACAAGCAU